AUGGGCGAGCAUGACCAGGAGAGGAAAUUGUACGAGGUACAAUUGCUCCGAUGCUGCGAGGAAUCAUUACAUCGCCAGUCUCACCCACUUCUCAACAAAAUGCUCCUUGCUACACCUUCCUUGCGCCAUAACACGCAGCCCGAACAGCAUCACACCCAUCACUCGAACUCAACCGCAGCUCUUUUGAUCGACUUCGAGUGCACAAACCCAAUUGCAGGAACGUCACCUCUCCCAGUCGCUUUCCUAGCUCCUCGUUGGUUGCUACGUCCUCACCUUGCCAUGCGGCACCAGUCGCACUUCGGUGUUGUGCUGAAGCGGCAUUUUUUCAUGAGCCCUCGUCAGGAAUGCCAGCUACGAACCGCGGGGCUUUCGAAAGCAAUCAUUAAUUGGUUGAAUGUCGACACCGAGCGCAGAUGCUCUAUGUGGCAGAGAAAUGAUUCGCAAAUUAACCGAUCGAGCUACCACCCACGCGACGCGACGCGCACAUGUGACCGAUUUCGCUGCGCAAGAGAGAAAGACAAAGACGCUUUGACUCGACUGGCGGCCGACAGCGCGCCUAUGUUGAACGUCGAAGGCCUGAGCGGCGCGCGCGCCGCUGCUAUCGCUCGGCGCAUGAUGCGGUAUGAUGAUAGGAGUGGCUCUCGCAGAGAAGAUGCGGACACUCGGCGUAACCUUCCGUGCAAUGCGAUGGAGCGGGCUAUAAAGGACGAGAUACAUGCAAUCUUGAACGAUGUUGGCUUGAGCACACGAGCUGACAGUACCUGGGACAUCGAAGGUAAUCUCGCAGUACAGGAGUCAGCAAAGAGCUCGGUCCGAUGCUGGCAGCUGACGAUCAAUUAUGAGCCCUCGGGAGGCCAAUCACGAACGGGGUUAUUUGCAGCGACUGCGCAUUUCAUUCCACGGGUCGUCCGAGCGCCAGCCAGUGAAUACGCGCAGCCUGCCAUAAUCAACACGCGUGCUUCUGGGGGCGUGUGGGCCUCAUCAGCGUCGACGUCGAAGCGCGGAAAGACGAUGCACCCGACGUCUUCGGUAGCAAAGUGCAAUGAAGCCAAAUCUUCCGAGUCGGUGCCAAGAGGGACGGACGUGAGAGAGCUGGGCGCGGCGAGGUCGAGGAAUGAUACCGGUCAAGACCAAGGCCGGGAUCACACGACUCCUGCGCGGGCAGGCAAGACCGCCCGAUAGUGGGUGGAGAGCGCAGACCUGGCCACAGAUGACGACUACAAGGAGCCUCCCCU